AUUACUUGCAAAAGUUAAAUUCUUGCAGCAGUGGUAGGAAAGCACUUGGAUGAGUCGGCUGAAAGAGACACCCAUGUUGCGUUAGAAAUGUAAAUAGUGUUCUUGUGUUGGAGGUUAUCACUUUUUCUUUUUUAAAACCUACUGUAGUAGGUACAAUACAAAUCUUCUGAGUAGGAAAUGGGCCAAAGUGACAUCAAAGAAAAUCAAACUUUUGAUAUGCUUUUAUUAACACUACUAAUCUGUAAUGUACAUGUAAUUAUUGACAGUAACAAACAUGUUUAUACAACUAGUACUGUUUAUAUGGAAAAUCGUGUAUCAUUAAAGGUCAUAAUCAAUAGUUAAUUAUAGCUUGAAAAGAUAAACAACAUUAUCUUGCUAUAUUAUGUUAUGUCCUUCUACAACACCAUUCACUACUUUUAAGGAAGGAAAUCCUGAAACCUCUUUUUGAAUUUUCUACCUGCCAACACAACACUAUCUCUAAUUCUUUGACUUACUAUAUAUCAGUGGUUUCUUAAAGAAAACCAUAAAACUCAAUGGCUUAUGAAGGAAACAGAGGUUCCUCUGUUUUGGAUGGAUUCACUCUGAAUCCCCUGCCAUAUCCUGUUCUGUUAAUCUUAGCAGUGAUCUUCAUCUUCCUUGGUAGUUCAUGGUACUUUUCCUAUGAAGAAGCUGUUGAAAAUGCUCAAGAACAAUUGGGUUGGGUGUUAUUUGCCACACCAGUGGUUCUCAUACUUAUAGUUCGUUUGUUAUCAUCCAUGGAUGAUUCAGAAUGGUUUCCUGGUUCUUCCAUAUGGGGAAGGCGCAGGACAACCUACCAAACCCCCUCAGAAGGAAGCUCUCCAUGGGGUGUGGCUGCUUUGAUUGUUGUUUUGUUGCUAUUGGUGCAGUUUCAAUCUUCUUUUCUUGAGGGUUGGUUUUAUUGAUUUGUAAUCCUUGUUUUACUUUACUUGUUUUUGUAAUUUCUGUAGGUUGGUUUGGUUUUAGCCUCUAUGUUUUUGGUUUCUAUAAACUAUUAUUAACUAUGAAGUUUGAAUAUGUGAUACAUAUCCCAUAGUCUUGUUUGUAACUAUUUAGAUGUUAUGAAAUCAUGGAGUUUCUCUGAAA